AAUUAAUCAAAUGUGAACCACAAAAUUUUCAUUCCAGAUGCGAACACAGUUUAGUUCUUGAACUCUAAACUUGCGAAAUCAAAACUUUCUGUUUUAUGGCUGUUUAUAGCAUUUAACUUUUAUUUUCUGUCAAAUUUAGCAUCUUACUUGUGUACUUUUCUGUUAUAGUGACAAUGGCAGAAACAAAGAUCACUUUCAUUAGAGACUUGGACAAUAUGAAUGAUGAUUACACAGUAAAAGUGUCUAUUAUCCGGCUGUGGAAAUCACUUUCAGAUGGCAACCCCACUAUUGUCAGAUCAAUUGAGAUGAUACUCAUGGAUGAAAUGUCUACAAAAAUCCGAGCAAGUGUGUAUCCAAGAGAUUUUCAAAGGUUUGAGUCCAAAUUGAAAGAAGAUCAAGCUGUUUACAUCCGGUCCCCCACUAUCGCUCCUAACAAAUACACUUUUAAAAUAAGUGAUGUAACCUCCAAGUUAAAUUUCCAUAGAAGAACAACUGUUAACGAGUGUCUACACUUUCAAUCCAAAACAAAAUAUGGAUUUUCUUUUGUUUCUUUUGAAACAAUUAUCUCUGCAACAACUACAUCUAAUGAAUCAAUUGAUAUUAUUGGUGAAGUUGUUUCAUUAGGAAAGCUUGAUUCCCGUGAUGUCAGCAAAUCUCUACAUAGGUUGCCUUUACAAAUAAGAAACUUAGAAGGUUUGCAUGUUAAUGUUACGUUGUUUGGAGAUAUUGCAUACCAGUUAAUUUCUUAUCUUGAAUCUCAUAAAGAAGUUGGUUGUAUGAUUGUCCUUUUGCAAUUUGCAAGAAUUAAUGUCUAUAACGCAACACCUUCUGUGAACAGUUAUUUUGAACACACACGGAUGUUCAUAAAUGCUAAUCUUCCCGAAAUUGUUACAUUCACAGAUAGCUUGGUUGGAUUAAGAGGACUUCAAAACCCUUCUGCUUCUUUGACUGUUGAAAGCUCUAAAUCAUAUUCGGAAUUUGAUGACUUUUUGAAUAACUACAAAGUUAAAAAUGUUGUCGAUUUGAUAGAACCACAAGAGGUCGGCCAAUAUAUCAUUGUCGGGACCAUUUAUGGUAUUCGCCAAGAUAUUGAUUGGUAUUAUGAUGCGUGUACAAACUGUGGAAAGAAAGUUCAAACAGAAGAUUUGUUCAGUGGUGCAGAUAGUGGUGAUGCAAGUGUUGUUUUAAAAUGCAAUGGUGAUAAUUGUAAAAAUAAGACGAUCUCUUCUGUUCCAAGGUAUAAAAUACCUAUUCGUGUGCAAGAUGAUUCUGGAACAAUCACUCUAACUCUCUUCGAUAGAGAUGCUUAUAGAAUCGUCAAAAAACGCGCACGUGAUCUUAUAGAUAAAAUCAAACAGAUAGAUGUUAACAGUUUUAAUGUAUCCAAUAACUACAAUCGGUUUGGGAUACUUGGCGUUUCGGUUGAUAGUAACGUUAUCGAUGCUUUGGAAAAAAAGUUAGCUGUCGAGGCAGGUAGUCCUGCAAAUGCUGAUGAUACAGAAAUCGCAUCUCAUGAAGUAUCUCAAGAAACAAAGUCCUUAAAGGAUGCGAUAUCGCAAACAGGUGAUAAUUUGACCCCAACAUUGCCCGACAAAUUUGAAGCUACAAGUCCGUUCAAGUAUAAUUCCCCAACAACAGUAAAAAAACGAAAUGUUGGAGAUACCAUUGAUGUUGAUGAUUAUGAUAAUGUGACUUCAUCCACCAAGGUCCCUCGAUUGAAUUCUAAAGUUGAUGGCAACACAGGUCUAUUAAUACCAAAGCUCGAAAAGUAA